CUCCUGUUUAAUUAUCUCUCACAUAUGUUCAAGCUCGCAAACGCUUAAUCUACGGCAUUGACAUCUCGACAUUCUGGUAAUCGCGAUGCUUACCCAGCGCCAAAUGCUUCGCCCACAAGCCCGCAGCUACAGCUGCAGGCGCCCGGUCAAAUGCUUUGCAUCUGCCUCGGUUACAACAGUCGCCCGUCCCACCCAAACCGCUAGCGAGGCGCCAAUCGAGGUUGAUGUGGAAGCCCUUAAUAAGCGCCUUGAAGCCCGUGCUAAAGCCAUGAUCCAACUGGAGGAGCAAGAGGUAGCAACCAGGACGAAGGUUAAAUUCAUCCUGAAACAGCGGGUCGGACUCGGCGAGUCGUGGAAGAUGGUCGGCAAAUGCCCAGAACUAGGCAGUAUGGUGCCCGAAGUUGCUCCAUACAUGCAAUGGAAUAAUGGCGACGUCUGGACCUACGAGGCAAAGAUUCGUCCCGGCACCUUCACGUACAAGGCAGUGCUGCGCAAGCCGGAUGGGCAGUACCUGUGGGAGGAUGGCAAGGAUCGCACAUUGGAGGUACCCGUCGAUGCACCGGCGAUGGAGGUGGACAUUGCGAACGUCAGGUUCCCUUGAGCGACCCUUGAGCGAAGGGUUCCCUUGAGCUUUAAGCAGCCGGGGGGAAAGGCAUUGGAGGUGUGUCCGGCCACGCUGUUGCCGCUGGCAACUGGCCAAUGUGCAGGUUACGCAGGGGAUGAUGCAGGUCAGCCCCGGUUUUAUUCUUUCAUUAGCUCCCAGCACUUGUGUUAUUUUAUUAUCAAAUUUCCCGCAAAAGUAUGAAAUGGCUUGCUUCUGUAUUAUUAGCGAUGGGGACUCGUCGAUUUAGUGGCGGCACCGUUUGGGGUGGCACGAGGGGAAGACGACCCAAGGUGCGGACACGCUUAUGGAUGAUGCAUUGUGUUGUAACCCAUUCUCGUAAAUUGCAUGCAGGUUGUGUUGCAUGUUGCAUUUCGACUUGGGUAGGACGAGAUACGUGUUGGCAGGGUUCGGGAUGGAGGAUUUGUGUCUAGCCGAGGACUUGGUAUCUAGCUAAAGGCAAGUGAGGUUGCGCACUUGGCAUCUAACAUUGUUUCAUUUCGUUGUACAAGGGAUGACGGUUCAAUGACGUGCAAUAACCAGUCAACUGUGCCAAAUCUGGGCUGUUUGACAGAGCGAAGCUUAAGACUUAAGAGUUAACGCUAACAUGUUUUACGUGCCCUGUUCCCCGGGCGGAAAGCGGGUGUCAAGGAUUCCCAUAUUCCACAGCAUCCACGUUAGUGGGAUCAGUGAC